ACGCGCGGUUUGACAGUGUCAUAACUUCAACUUUGUCUUUGACUUCAAUUUAUAUAUUAUAAUUCUCUUUGACUUCAAUUCAAAAAACAAUAAUCAAACGGUGGCAUCUUACGUAGUAUUUGUAUUCUCUUUGCGGUGGCAGCUAUAAUAUAACAUAGAAGAAGAAAACAAUAAUCAUGGUAUGCGAAUGCGAUAAAAAAGAUACAACGAGAAAUUACUACAGAUAUUACGAUACGCCCGAUGGAUGUGACAUCAUGAAGAAAACGUUCGUGACAGCUCGGUACGGAGCCAUCACCGGCCUCAUUCUGUCCAGCUACGACGUGCUCAUGUACUCCAGAUGUGUGGGACUUCAAGCUGUCUUGAAACGAUACAUGUUCCACACAGUGCCUCUGGGGCUGAUGGGUGCCACCUUCGCUCUGGUGACCAAUGGCGCCCUCAGGUACCGGCAGAAAGAUGAUUACUGGAACUACUUCCUCGGUGGUUUUGCUUGUGGCCCCAUCCUGGCAUCAUACGUAGGGUCGAGACACGCGAUCCUGCUCGGUGGACUGAUUCUAGGCAUAUCAGCCAUGCUGAAGAAGGACUCCAUAGAGAACGACUACGAGUUCUUCCCAAAGUGUCCUCGCUACAUGAACACAGUCAACGGCUGGAGACACGAUUAUACCCUCAUGCCAGAUCCUAGAGAGGAGAUGCAGCACACGUGCCAAUAAUUUAUUUUAUUAG